AGCCUUACGUUACCUUCUACGUUUGUUUAGUAUUUCCAUUUAUUCAACACGUAAACAAUUUCAUAUUUGCAAAAGCGUUUGUUUUAAACAUAUGCAUACAUAGUAAACAAAACACAAAAUAUGAUCCACAGCCUGUUCAUAGUCAACAGCAGCGGCGAAGUCUUUCUGGAGAAGCACUGGCGAUCGGUUGUCUCGCGCUCCGUUUGCGAAUACUUUCUCGAUGCACAGCGUGCCGCACCCUACGAUGUGCCGCCUGUUAUUGCCACGCCCCAUUAUUAUCUGAUCACCGUGCAGCGGGACAGCGUCUCACUGGUGGCCGCCUGCAAGCAGGAGGUGCCGCCGCUGUUCGUCAUCGAAUUUCUGCAUCGCGUUGUGGACACGUUUCAGGACUAUUUUAGCGACUGCUCCGAGUCUGUGAUAAAGGAUAACUAUGUGGUCGUCUAUGAGCUGCUCGACGAGAUGCUCGACAACGGCUUCCCCCUGUCCACCGAGAGCAACAUACUGAAGGAGCUGAUCAAGCCGCCAAACAUAUUGCGCACCAUUGCCAACACCGUCACCGGCAAGAGCAACGUUAGCACCAUUCUGCCCGUGGGCCAGCUGUCGGCCAUACCCUGGCGUCGCAGCGGCGUCCGCUACACCAACAACGAAGCCUACUUCGAUGUCAUCGAGGAGGUCGACGCCAUCAUUGACAAAUCCGGCUCCACGGUGUUUGCUGAAAUACAGGGACACAUCGACUGCUGCAUCAAGCUGUCCGGCAUGCCCGACUUGUCGCUGUCCUUUAUGAAUCCGCGUCUCUUCGACGACGUCUCGUUUCAUCCGUGCGUGCGCUUCAAGCGCUGGGAGGCAGAACGUCUGCUCUCCUUUAUACCGCCCGAUGGCAAUUUUCGGCUCAUGUCUUAUCACAUUAGCUCGCAGUCGGUGGUGGCCAUACCCAUCUAUAUACGGCACAAUUUUUCAAUUAAGACCGGCGAACAGGGUCGCCUCGAUUUGACCAUUGGGCCACGGAACACGCUCGGCCGCACCGUCGACAAGGUCAAGUUGGAGCUAACAAUGCCCAAGUGUGUGCUGAACUGCGUGCUAACGCCCAAUCAAGGCAAAUACACAUUCGAUUCGGUGAGCAAAACGCUCUCCUGGGAUGUCGGACGCAUCGAUGUCUCCAAGCUGCCCAACAUACGCGGCUCGGUCUCCAUCAUGCCCGGCAGCCCAAUACUUGAUGCCAAUCCGUCAAUCAAUGUGCAAUUCCAAAUCUCACAGCUGGCCGUCUCCGGGCUGAAGGUGAAUCGCCUGGACAUGUACGGCGAGAAGUACAAGCCCUUUAAGGGCGUCAAAUAUCUAACCAAAGCGGGCAAAUUCCAGGUGCGCAUGUAGCUGCAUGCCCCCCACAACACGCCACGCACGGCCCUCUACUCAGCUUUAAUUAAGAAUAACAAAACAACAAAAACCUAAAGAACUUUAGUGUAAUGUUCAACAUUUGGUUAUAUUUGUACUGCUAUUUCCAUUAUUAUAGCUAUCUACUAUUUUAUUUUAUAAACCAUAAAAACUCGUGUGUCUAAAAGCUACAAA